UUAACCUUUUGAGUGACUGCAUCGCUUUGUGCAUGCCACCGUGCGGCGCGUAGCCUUUCUUAACAUGAAAUAAUGGUACAUUUUGUCCUUCUGGGGAUUGUUUAAAACUCGAUUACUGUGUCAUUCAAUGGGGCCUAGACAAAUUGAACUGCAUAUCUUUGAUUAUGUAGCCUAUACAAACUGCAGUGCAUUUGAGGAUGGUCUGCUCUGUUACAUGCAAACCAGAAGUCAAUUCUCUGGACGAUUCAUCCCCCACCUUCACUACACCAACAGGCAGUUUUUGAUCUAAAAUUUCACAGCCCACCUAACCUAUAUUCUCUCCAAAACUCCCUAUACUACGUGAAAAUUUUUUAAGUUUUCCCCUCUUUUAGAAUUCCCCAUUUUUUUUAUUAAUGAAGUCAAGCUUCUGUUUUCUCUGAUCUAUAACUUUCCCCGAACAGUCCAGACUUCAAACUUUACUCUUUAAAAACUCGGUUCCUGUAUGAAUCUACAGGAAGGAAAAAGCUGAAUUGUAGCCAGUUCUCGCAGAAAUCAAGCUCUCCUUUAAUGUACCAGACCCACAACAGUGGAAAACCCUGGUAUAUCCAGCUUUAACUUCUUUUUAGACCAAACCUCACUUCCUCACAUGGGUUCUCUCUUCCCUCUCAUACUAAUAGUUCUUUCAUUGGGGUCGUCUGCAUUGAUGAAAACUGAAGCUCAGGGAAUCAAAUCAGCCCGCCUGCUUGAUCUGGUCCUCAGAGACUACACCAUCAGAUCCUACAACACACGCUCCAGGACAGGAAUGCUACACACUGUAGACUUACCGGCCAACUUCUCCGGCAUCCGAGUCGACACAGUGAGAUUCAGGUGCGGUAGUCUUCGCCGGUAUGGCGCUCAGGUCAAGGAAUUCCAACUGGGUAUCGGGGUAAAAGUCAGCCCUUGUGUGGAGAGAGUCAUAGUGAUUAGGCAAAACCUUGGAAACAACUUGUCUUCUAUAUACUCGGACAGCUACAAUUUAUCUGGAUACCAGCUUGUUUCCCCUGUUUUAGGCCUUUUGGCAUACAAUGCAGGCGACAACAGGAACUACACCAACCCCUUUGAGCUCGGCAUUCUCGCCGGAAAAACACCCAUCAAGGUAGACUUCAGCAACACUACCCUGGUCCAGACUCCGGGAACUGUUCCAUUAUGUGCUACAUUUGAGCAUGAUGGCAAGGUGACAUUGACACCCCAGACAUCACCGUAUGUUUGUGUCACAUCAAAGCACGGCCAUUUCGGGUUGGUGAUGGAGUCACCGGAGUUGCAGGAGGGGAAAAGGAUGAGCUGGUGGAAGGUGGCAGUAGGGGCCUCCAUUGGGGCUACAUUGGGUGCAUUUCUCCUGGGAUUGCUUCUGGUGGCAAUGUUUGUGAAGGUAAAGAAGAGAUCAAGAAUGGAGGAGUUGGAGAGGAGAGCCUAUGAAGAAGAAGCCUUGCAGGUGUCCAUGGUUGGGCAUGUGAGGGCUCCUAUAGCUGCUGUAACUAGGACAAUGCCCUCAAUUCAGGAUGAGUACACACCUCCUCCUCCUUGAAUUGUUAUACUCCAAUUAGCCAUUUUCAUUCUUUCUGUAAGAUUAGCUCAAAAUAUAUUAAGUUUUUUUGUUCUGAGAAGAAGAAAUUAAGAGAAAUCGUCUUAAUUUUCUUCCAUAAAUUUCAUUUAGAAUCAUAUUCACAAAAGCAGUUCUGGGUCUUCUUUGAGACAAUGCCCUGUAAAACAGAGUAUGAUCUUCUGGUCCAAUGUUUCAUAAAGAGGAAGCAUAGAGAAGGAGAAAAAGGAUUGGGAAAAAAAAAAGAUCAAACAUAGAUGCUAAAUUGGGUCAAUCACCAAAAGUAAUUUCUGUUCAGUGUUUAAGAGAGGGAAGUGAAUUGAUUAGGGUUUCGAAUGUGGAUCAAUUAUAUUAUAUCUUGUAUGGUCAACUCUGAAUCACCCAACUUCCAGGUAGGCCAUGGAUUUCAAAUGUGAGAUUGAUGAGAGCAACAGAGAAAGUCAAAUUUAA